UUCUGAAAAAAAUGGCAUCACCAUGUGAUGCAACCCAAGAACAAGAUCUAAAACGUAGAAUGAAGCCUGAAUUUAAAAAACUAAUAGUACCAUCUCUAGUAAUAUGUCAUCUGGACAUUUUCUGUCUUUCAGAAGAAGAAGAGUCGAGAAUUGAAGCAAGGCAAAACCAGUUGGGACCCCAUAGUGCAGCCUCAGAAUUGCUGGAUAUUCUGUCUCGUAAAGAUGACUGGUUUAACAAGUUAAUUAAAGUUCUCAGAAAAAAGGACAUCAAACUAAGUCAUGUUGCAGACAUAUUUGAGAAAAUGAAAGCAGACGUUGAUUCUUUCUGGAGAUGUCAACCACAAAGGCCAUCCCCCUUGAACCAGACCAAUGGAUCUGCAGUGAAGACAUUUCAGUUUGGAAAACCUCCGCCACAGACCAGGAACAGUAACUAUGAAAGAGAUGCAGGACGUCAGAAGCAAGUACAAAAAUCGAUAAAAACUAAGGACAUACCAGAUGAGGAUGUGUAUGCUGAUGCUGUAAGCAUGCCGGACAAGGUAAAUACACUCGUUAUGGUAUCUGAUGAUGCUGGAAGCAUGUCGGACAAGGUAAAUACACUCGUUAUGGUAUCUGAUGAUGCUGUAAGCAUGCCGGACAAGGUAAAUACACUCGUUAUGGUAUCUGAUGAUGCUGUAAGCAUGCCGGACAAGGUAAAUACACUCGUUAUGGUAUCUGAUGACUCUGGAAGCAUGCCGGACAAGGUAAAUACACUCGCUAUGGUAUCUGAUGACGCUGGAAGCAUGCCGGACAAGGUAAAUACACUCGCUAUGGUAUCUGAUGAUGCUGGAAGCAUGCCGGACAAGGUAAAUACACUCGCUAUGGUAUCUGAUGACGCUGGAAGCAUGCCGGACAAGGUAAAUACACUCGUUAUGGUAUCUGAUGACGCUGUAAGCAUGCCGGACAAUGUAAAUACACUCGUUAUGGUAUCUGAUGACGCUGUAAGAAUGCCGGACAAGGUAAAUACACUCGUUAUGGUAUCUGAUGAUGCUGUAAGCAUGCCGGACAAGGUAAAUACACUCGUUAUGGUAUCUGAUGAUGCUGUAAGCAUGCCGGACAAGGUAAAUACACUCGUUAUGGUAUCUGAUGAUGCUGUAAGCAUGUCGGACACGGUAAAUACACUCGUUAUGGUAUCUGAUGAUGCUGUAAGCAUGCCAGACAAUGUAAAUACACUCGUUAUGGUAUCUGAUGAUGCUGUAAGAAUGUCGGAGAAGGUAAAUACACUCGUUAUGGUAUCUGAUGAUGCUGUAAGCAUGCCGGACACAGUAAAUACACUCGUUAUGGUAUCUGAUGAUGCUGUAAGCAUGCCGGACAAG